AUGCCCUGCUUCAAAGGGCUUGCCGUGAGCAUCCACACACCCGAUGGCCCGAUCUCCGAAUAUUCCAUUCAACGGCAUUCUCGAGCUUCGCGCAUAGGUUGUUUCAUUCCUGUUCCUCCACCCAAAAUCCCCGAAUCUGGGACCGGCAAAGCGGAACAAUCAACCUUCGCCAUUUCCGUCACCCUCCUGAACCCCGAGCAAGAUGUUCCGUACUCGACACCAAAGCCGACAGCAGAGUGCCCCUCUCCGAAGCCAAAAGUGGUGGGCAAAUUGUCCGGUGAGACAGGUCAAAUCGCCGGAACGGUCGCACCAUACCAGGGCUUGACAAACUCGGUGAACGAGACCGUGGCUGCAUACAUCUACUUUGACGGAAGACAGAAGGAGGAGGUGGCUACACUACUGCGACGAGGAGAAGAGACAUGGGUGAAUUCUCGCUGGGUCAGCAUUCCGGAUAGCGAAGGCGGGGGAAUUGCCGAGCGCGAAUUCUUGUUCCGCGAGGUCGGUCUAGAGCGCUGGCUCAACGGAUUGGACCUGGAAGGCAAGGAUGCCGCAGCCAAGAUCGAACGCAGGCGACAGAAGAUGGAGAAACGACGUGCAAAGCGCGCCGCUGAGGAGGAUCCGACCGCCAUGGAAAUGGAGGACAACCAUCCUGCCAAAUCCAAGACCAUUAUGCGAUACGGAAAUGAUGAGAGGUCGCCCCUCGAGGAUGUUUCAGACGACGAUCUCUCCUCCGACUCUGACGAUGAUGAUCCAAUUCCCGAGACAGCGGGCCAGAUUAAGGUUGCUUUGUUCCGAGUUUUGGCGUCGGGAGAAAUCAAGCGGGGCGAGUACUCCCCGCAAUUUGAUGCGCACGACGACGAAGAGGGUGGUCAGGAUAACAGCGGCGGAGGAGAUGCCGAUGUUGACCACACCACAAGUUUCGCGAAGCCCAAGUCACUCGACCCGAAGACCAUUAGUACGCAGACUGUUACUGGUAUUGACCCGACUGAUAAACCCUACGCUGUCUUCACUUUCAUGUACCGUGGUGAACGUCAAUUGCAGAAGAUGGGUAUCCUAAAAGACCCCAAGGUGCAAGAGACGCCCGCUGCCACCAAGCGCAAGUCCAUACAAGCUGAUUUCGCAAACCUCGGCCCCAUCAAGCCUGGGGGCUCAGUUGGAUUCCUUAAUUUCCGGGACAACGAACCCAAGCCGCGGAAGGGCAAGAAAAGCGUCGAUGACAUGGACAGCGAGGACGAUGACACCGAUAACCCCAUACUUGGCAAGGCAGACGACGAAGAAGCCAAGGAUGACGAUCGGUUCUUGUCUCCAGAUGACAUUCAACGCCAGGGAGAGCUUGCGGAGAGCUUGCGGAAGAUUCGACUCAAACGUCAGCACUCCGCCGAACCCCCUGGAGGCAGUGUCGGUGACUCUACCGAUACUCCGGCUUCUGGAUCUGGAUCCACGCCUCCUGCAAACGAGCGCUCAGCAACACCUCCAAAGGCGGCCGCAACUGCAUCUGCAGGUGGGCCCUCCGAGCCGUCUCAGCCAGCUGUUGAACCAGAAGAUAGCCUUUUCGGUAGUCCGCUGAAGAAACAGCGCGCGAGUGUCUCGACUGCAGAUGAGAACGCCCUCAGACGCCGGAUCGCAGAGUCGUCCGGUAGAAUCAAUGAGGUUCUAGGCUCUUCCGCUCCAACAGAAUCCACCCUGACCAGUCCGAAGAUAUUCGCAGAUGGGUUCAGUCUUACACCUGAUCUUUCCGCUGGACCCCCAGAAAAUGAUGAGGAGUUUGUUCUGGCCCAGCCCGGCUUUCUCCACCAACCCAGAAUAACCUCCAUCCGCCACAAAUCCACGAUGCCACUCGAACGCUCAACAGACCCUUUGGUCUGGAUUGACUGCGAGAUGACAGGCCUAGACCCAGAAACCGACAAGAUCCUCCAGAUCUGCUGUUUCAUCACAGAUGCCCAGCUAAACCUCCUUGAACCGACCGGCUUCGAAACCGUCAUCAAUGUCCCAGACUCCACCCUCUACGCGAUGUCGCAGUGGUGCAUCGACACACACGGGCGCACGGGCCUCUCCGCCGCCGUACGUGCCUCGACCACCUCCCCCUCCACCGCUGCAGACUCUCUCCUCGCCUACAUCCGCCAGCACGUCCCGGUCCCGCGCACUGCCCUCCUCGCGGGAAAUAGUGUUCACGCCGAUAAGGCUUUCCUUGCUUGUGCGCCGUACUCGCAGGUGCUGGAUCAUCUGCAUUACCGCAUUUUGGAUGUUAGUUCCUUGAAGGAGGCGGCGCGGAGGUGGGGGAGUGAUCAGAUGCUUAAGCAGGUCCCGCCUAAGCGGGAGGUUCAUCUUGCCAGGGAUGAUAUUCUUGAAAGUAUUGAGGAGAUGCGGUUUUACAAGGAGAAGCUAUUUGGGUGA